AUGACGACGCCAACCACGACCGAGGCUGAUGCGAACCGGCGCGAACACUUCCCAAGGUCUUGGUCGAGGCCGGGUACGCUGCUUCCCCGGAAGGGAGGAGGUAGGGAGGAGGCCGUGGAGGGCGCGACCCUCUGGCUCGAGUUCUAUGACGCUCCCGAAGGACCGCUCGGGUGCGCCCCUUCGGUGAGCGUGGCGUGCGCCUCUCGACGGCUGGAGCUCGUGCGCAUGGAACCCACGCCCGGCGGCGGCGAAGCGAAUGUGGCCAGAUCUCCUCGCGAUCGCCAGGUCAUAAUCGUGCGGGGACCCAGCGCGCUCAGGGCUAGGCUCCUCGCCGACAGGGAGCCCGGAGAGGAGGUCCUCUUUCGCUUCAGACUGGACUCAUCCGUCGACGCCGACGAAUGCUUCCACCUCCUCAGGCACUGGCUCGGCGCUCCGUUCGACUCGACGCGAAAGACGACGUCUGUGAUUCUCGAUCCGAUGCCCGUGAGCGCCCGGCUCCUGAACCUGUCCCUCGGCGACGACAAGGACGAGGAAGACAAGAGCGACGUGUCCUUCGAGGAGGUCAAACCGGAGGAGGCGAAGGAGACUCCGCCCGCAUUGGAGGGUGACGAUGACUCCAAAGCCCACCACUACGACCCGAUUGGUUGGAUGUUUGAGAGCACGGCGGUCAGACGCUACGUCCGAGACAUGAUACUGGCCUUGGCGAGCGAUGGCGGUGAAGUGACGGAGCCGGUCAUCAACUUUGCCAACACUCCUGUGGGAGCGGCGAAUGACGAGAGGGGCAAACUGUCCUUCGCUCGAUACAUCGUUCUCGCCGACUCCGUCAUCGAAGAGAUGCAGGCGACGGGUGAGCUCGAGCUUCUAGGUGAGCUCGAGGAGGAGGAGGAGGAAGAAGAAGAAGAAGAAGACACGCAGCUGGAGAUUCACGACGAGUACUACUGA